AUCUUUUAUAUUUAAUCACUAAACUCAGCUUUCUUUCUGUUCUGUUUAGGUCUUUAAUAGAUCGAGUCAAAGGUCAGACAGAGCAGGCAGAUCAUCAGUUAGGGAGGAGAUGGAGUACACAGGCCCUCUCUCCCAGGCUGCACUGAAGGUUCUGGCUGKUCUACGUGCCCAAAAUCUGGACAAAACCAGAGACAACCAACGUUUCUCCAGUUACCAGAGGCAAAUGGGGAGGUGUAAUUACAACAAUGCAGAGUCUGAAGUGGAAAGAAAAGACAGCCACCAGGUAUCAUUUUCCUCCUCCAAUGAGCUGCCGAGCUCUCAGACAUCAGUCUCCCAUCAGUACUCUCUGACACCGACCCCCCCUUCAUCCCAGCCCUCCUCCUGCUGGUUCCCUCCUCAGACGGCAGCCUAUUAUUGCCAGACUACCUCUAACAGAAUCAUCUAUGAUGGUCCUGCUUACCCGUCCAGCCCCACUCUCUCGUUCUCCCAGCAAAAGAGCCCUGACACACAGGACAUGUAUUCUGUGUCCCUUCAAAUACCUGACAGGCAUGCUGAACAUCAAGAUACACCAUGCAGAACUUCUGGAUGUAUAGGGUCGUCUUUCAUCCCUCACACAUUCCCAGACAAAGAAGGCCUCAAUGAGAUGUUUAAACCUCCAACCAAAGAGCCUAAUUCCCACUCUGAAGCUUGUCACACACCAUCAUCCUGGCCUGAAGUGUGCGAAGAGACAGUUAACACAUCAGGAGCACAACGUGAAGACAAAACUUCCUGGAGUGUUGAGCGAAACGAACCAGAAGACGCUUCAAGAAGCAGAAUAACGUCGAAACUCUCUGAAAGGAUGGCUAGAGAGGCGAACGAGUCUAACAGCCAGCCUCUUAGUGACUUUGUAGUUAAAUACAUUGAUCAUACUGUGGCUGAAAUAGUGGAAAAGGACCAAACAGAGGGACUAGUGGUCCAGUCCGAACUCCCACAGCUUAAACUGGAGCACAACAAGGAUCCUAACAUGGACGUCACAGUGGAAGGUGCCAUAGACAGUGAAAAAAUGGAUGUAGGACAGCUUCACUGCUCUGACAUCCAUCAAAAAGAGAGACAGUGUGAGACAAGUCUGAAAGAAAACACAGAGGCAAGACAAAGAGGAGAGGACAGAGAGGUGCUGGAAGUGGCCCUUAGAGGUGGCGAAGAAAAGGUUAACUCUACUGAUGAAAAGCAGUGUCCCAUGCCAAGAUCGUCAGAAAAUUGUGGAGCAAGACAACCAGGGUUCAAACCUCCCUGUCUGCUUGGCAGCCAGGAGCAUCAUGACAAAAUCACUCAUGAAAGCAGCAGAGGGAGCAAACCAAGCAUUUCACUUAUCCCAGCAAGCAAACUUCCUACUGAACUAAACUCCUACUCACCUCAGAAAGCAGUCCCUCCUGGUGGAGGGCUGAACAACGAACUGGAAACAAAAAUCCUACCUGCUUCCCAAAGUCACACACAUCAUCAUCCCUUCACUCCACCCUUCUCGCGAAAGAGGAAACACGACAUAUUUCAGCACCAACCCACAAACCCUCCUCCCAAAACCUGCCAAAUUAGACGUCCCCUGAAAUGGCAGCCACCUUAUUCUUCACAAGAGAAGGUGGCAGAAGAAGUGAGUGAGUCGAAGAAAGCCAGGCUGGAAAACUUGGCUUUACUUAGAGAAUCCCUGAUGAAAAUUGAUCCGUGUGUUCGUUCAGAUCCAGAUAAUCAGAAGCAAACUCAACAAAGUUGGGAGUUCAAAUCGAAAAAAACGUGUGCUGAAACGUCAAAGACUGCUUCUAAACAGACUCUUCAUUCCAAAACGUGUAAAGACACGUGGGCCAAAUUUAGGACUGACUUUUCCACAGAUGGGACCAGAGGUUUUCUUGAUGGAAUUAACGGUAGCGAGCCACAAAAUCAAUCUAAAACUGGCUCCCACCCUACCUCCCUAACAUCUGACUCCAGGGUGAAGGAUUCUGGUCAACUAACCCCAGAGGAGAAGCUGCAGGUUCUUGAGGAGACCGAAGGGGCCAAGGUGGUGUUGCUAACCUUGGUGUUUCGAGAYGGAACCACUCAGUUAGACCCAGAACAGAAGGUCGCUCCUGCAGUGUGUGGCCUCCUUGUCCUGAUGAAGAAGGAUCUUUCCAGCAGCACACCUGAGAACGCGCUCAGUCCACAAGACAGUCUGGUUUAUCUAAAACUGGAGCACGCCCCCCUCUGGGCCCACCAGCACACUCACCACAGCCAGGAGCUCUUCACCAGAGAUUUGCUUCUACGAGUCUUAUCCAAAUCCCAGCUGCUGGUUUCUUAUAAAGCCAAGGAUUUGCUUCGUACAGCUCUGCAGUAUUGCAAAGAUGACCUCAGCUGGAAACAAGUGGCAGGUUGUCAGAUUCAGGACCCACAGGUUUCAGGGUGGCUGCUGGAUCCCACAGAUCCUUCUUCUUGCUAUAGUAAUCUUCUGUAUAAGCACUGUCAAAAAACAUAUACAGCAUCUGUCCCGGGUUCUCAGAAGGUUUCUCAGAUCAUCUCUAGUCUCAACUGGCUCUACAAGCUUCAUUUGAACCUCUGUGCUAAACUACAGAGCCAGCACCUGUGGGACCUCUACUCAGAGAUGGAACUGAGAAUGAUCCCGGUUCUGGCAGCCAUGGAAAGUCACCACAUCCAUGUGGACAAAGAAGCUCUGAAGAGAACUUCAGAACUCCUUGGGGCUAAAAUGAAACAGCUGGAGCAGGAGGCCCACAGAGCAGCUGGACAAAUAUUUCUGUUGACCAGCAACUCUCAGCUUCGAAUAGUUCUGUUUGAGAAGCUGCGUCUCCACGAGCGCUGUGAGAACAAGAGGCUUCCCAAGACCGUCAACAAGCAGCAACAGUCAACAUCAGAAGCUGCACUGCUGCAGCUUCAGGACCUUCACCCUCUGCCAAAGAUCAUUCUGGAGUACAGACAGAUUCACAAGAUCAAAUCUACUUUUGUUGACGGGAUCCUCUCAUGCAUGAAGAGCAAGAACUACAUUUCCUCUACUUGGUACCAGACGAGUGUUGUGACUGGACGAAUCUCAGCCAAACACCCAAACUUUCAAGCCCUGCCGAGRCAGCCGCUUCAAAUCUGCAAGAUGCAGUACAUCCAAGGAAAAGAGGAGGAAGUUGUGGCUGUUCAUCCUCGAGCCAUGUUCAUCCCACAGGAAGGCUGGACUUUUCUUGCCGCAGACUUCUGUCAAGUGGAGCUGCGUCUGCUGGCUCACUUUUCCUCAGACCCGGAGCUGCUGCGCGUUUUUACCAACCCACAGGCUGACGUCUUCACCAUGCUGGCCUCUCAGUGGAAAGGGAUAAGUUCAGACGWUGUGACCUCUGAAGACAGGGAACAUGCGAAACGCAUUGUGUACUCUGUGGUAUAUGGAGCAGGUCGUGAACGUUUGUCGGGGAUAUUGGGGGUGAGCGCUGAGCAAGCGAGUAAAUUCCAGAACAGCUUCCUGCAGACCUUCAAAGAAGUCCAGACCUUUAUUCAGAAGACCAUACAGCAGAGCCACAAACAGGGUUAUGUGCUGUCUGUCAUGGGUCGUCGCCGGAACCUCCCUAACAUCAACUCUGUGGACUGGGCUACCCGCAUGCAGGCUGAAAGGCAGGCCGUCAACUUUGUUGUUCAGGGUUCAGCUGCUGAUCUCUGUAAGAUGGCCAUGAUCAGGAUCUUUAACCUGGUCUCCUCCUCAGACUCACCCUCUGCCAGGCUUCUAGCACAACUACAUGAUGAGCUUCUUUAUGAAGUGAAGGACUCCCAGGUGGAGCAGUUUGCAGCUCUGGUGAGAAGCAUCAUGGAGUCCCUGCAGCACAUCGAUCACCUGGGAGUCCAUCUUAAAAAAGGUACGUCUACGGACUCAGUUGUCAAGGGCAACAAUGUGAGCAUCCCCCUGCAAUCUCAAGAUGUAGGCUCGAUGUGACGAUUAAUGAAGCUGCUGAUGACACAUCAUUUGGCCACUACAGUGUGCGCCUCAGUAUUGAUUCAACCUUAAUGUAAACCGUAAGUAGAGGUUAGUGAGUCUGCGAUUCAUUAUUCAUUACUGCAGGUUCUGCUUUCUCAAAUCAUUAGAUAUACUGUUUAGGUUAGCUUCUGAUUUGGCUCAAUCCCUUUGGUUAUUAGGUGCUUUCAGACUGAGGGGGACUCCUUCGCAGACUUGGCAACCUUUUAAGGUAACUACAUUUGGGGGUUCUUUUCAAUCUCCUGCUCCAAAGAUCUUCCCACAGACCAAAGACGUGCAUCUUAGGCUAAUUGGUAAAUUGUCUCUAGGUGUGAGUUUGUGAGUGGUUGUUUGUCUCUAUGUGGACCUGUGAUGGACUUACAGCCUGUCUAGUGCCCCCUUUCCACUAGUGCCUCUACACCAUGGUUCGGCUUGGCUCAUCACGGUUCCAAGACUUUUUCACUAGCAAGGAUUUGUGGAACCAGCCCCUUUUUCAGUGCUUACUUCGCUGUGGUUCCAAGUGUACCAUGCUGGCCUGAAAACGUGAUGUCAGAAGACUGUCGGUCACUGAUUGGUUAGAGGGUGGAGCCAUUGGUUGCAUCACAAGAGCUACUCUCACAACAACCCGACCCGUCAUUUGCAAUAAUACUGCUACUGUGUCCUUCAUUGUUGUGUUGCGUAUCUUUUCCGGGUCAUCUUCUUCUUUGUUUAAUGGUGGCUGGCAAAUAGCUUAAUAGAGCAUAGCCGCCACCUCUUUAGACAUCAAUUUUUGAAUUAUGGGACCACCCAACUUUACGAUGACCCCCGCCCCACUAGAGCUGUUACUGAAGUUCAGCCAAAUCGAA